CGGCGCGCGCAAUUCGCCUUAGCAAUCUCGACAUCAUCAACUCUCCGAACCAGGUACCUCGGUCCGAUAUAGCCUCGUUGGCGACGCCUGGGACCCCGCGAGGAUGGCAGCAUAGCUCGGGCUGACCAGCGAGCGAUCAUUGGGCCCUCCCGACCCCAAGACAGACGGCUGGACCUGUUCUAUUCCUACUAGCAUCUUUAUUCUCGUCUUCACCAUCGCCUCCAGCCUCGCCUGCUUGCCCCAGUCUCCCCUGGGCCGGGCCACGCCAUCUCUCUGGAUCAUGACAACCUAGCCCCGUCCUCUUUCGAUCGCAGCCCUCCAUCAUGUCGGUGAUGCAAGUUGAAGAACUGGUAUCGUACCAGCUGCGCACAGCAUACCUCAACGAUAUCGCAGACGGCGUCGGAGAGCGCCUCAUCAGCCUUAACGAGGGCUUCCUGAGCUCUGCCCCCUUCAAAGCCGCGGGCUGGCGAUCCAACCCCGCCCACAUCAAGCGCACGCACUCGCCUCCCAUCCCUACCGCCGUUGCCUCGGAGUACUUCCAGGCCCCCCGAGCAACCGGUCUCACCCUCGAAGAUGACCCGGACGACAACGCCCUGCUAGGUGGCGGCGGCCCUGUCGCCCCCAAGCGCGCCCGGCGACGGAGGGAGCAGAUGCAGGAGGACGACGAUAGCAGUGAGCUGAGCGACGACAGCGACGAAGAAGCCGAGGGCCGGGCAGCCCAGCAGAUAAAAUUUGCAAAGAUGCCCCUCCGCAACCGCUCUGGCUCGUCUCCGAUCCAAGGCUCCAACCUCCGCCAGUCGACCACGCUGUCGUCCCCGCGCGCCGCCGCCCCUAGAAGAGGCUCUCAGUCGGCCCUGGAGACGGUCAAGGAGAGAGCACGGCGCGAUACCGUGACGAGCAGCGAGGUGUCGUCCGACAACGAGUUUGACGCCUCGGGCUUCCACCGGCAGAGGGAGGCAAGCAGGGCUGGCGCCAAGACCGUCAGGCUGCAGACCGACCUCGACCCCGACGCAGCGCCCUUGGCACCUGGUGUCAAGCGCAUAGGGAGCGAGCCGCUCCCGGAGGAGCAAGAGGACACAGACGCCGCCUCGGACACCUCGUCCGCCUUUGUCGGUAGUAUCGACUCGGUGGCGUUGCUUGACCUAGGAGAGGAAGGCCAAAAGGCGCCCCAGAGGACCGCCACUACUCAGAUCGUCGGCACCCCACCCCGCGAGUUCACAAGGUCGUCGACCGUCCGCAAAUCACAGGCGCCGAUUCACAUAAAUAGCAAGCUGCCACCGCCCCGUCCUAUGAGCACUGUCCGGCCCCUGAGCAUGAUACAGCCCAGGAGCCUGCUGUCGGCCGCGCUCAAGGCCAAGAAAAUGAAACCCGCCGACGCCCUCGAGUCCUUUGCCUCACUGUCCGGCAAGGGAGAGGCGAGCCCUAUCAUGCUUCGCAUCUAUCCCUUCUUUGCGGACAAAUCCAGGGGGGCCCCGAUCGAGGUUCUCAUCAAGAGGAUCGUGCACGAAGGUCAACAGGGCGGCGACCGCCCUGCUGUCGUAGCGGACCUGAUAGGCCUGACCCUCUGGAUGUACAGCGAGGAGAAGCGCGAGCCCCCAAUCGCUGCGGACAAGCGGAAUCCUAACUGGUGGAUGCUUCGCAUGGUUGAUGACGGCGAGAUUGAUGACGAUUUCCCGCCACUGGACCGCAAAAAGCAGCUCACGUCAUUCACGACGGCUAAUAACCGGGCUGCCCGUGCGCGGUCCAACUCCAAGGUCUACGAUGAGUUCGCACUAGUGCAGGCAUCGGCGACAGACUUUACCGAGAACAAGAAGCUCACGCCCCAGCCCAACGACGAUGGUGCCGAGGACGAGGCCGCCGCCGCCGCCGCCGCCGCCGACACACCCGCCCUGGCAGCCCAGGAGGACGAGAUAACCCCUCGCAACACACCCCAGCCCAACACGUCGGCGCUGCAACCGGCGGUCCGGGGCGUGGCGCUGAAUCCCAUCAUCACCACCACCUUCCGUCCCCACGCGCCGCUGGCCGACUCUCCCGCAGCGCCCAACGCCACGCCGAAUGUGAUCCGGGGCCGCAAGAAGCUGCUACGCAUCCACAUCCACUCGUCGGACACGGCCCCCGGCCAGAUGGUCACCCUAGACGUGACGACAGACAUGUACCUAGAGGAGAUCUUGGACCUGGCCUGCAGGAAACGGCAGUUGGACAAGGGCAACCACGUGCUGAAGCUGCCAGGCUCGGGCGCUGUGGUGCUAUUGGACCGCGAGGUUUCGUCCAUCGGCAACGUGGCGGAUCUGGAGCUGCACCGACGGCGGUUCGCGGCCGAUGGCACCUUUACUGCCACAGGCUCGCCGGGGAGCUCGUCGCCCAGGACUAUGUUCUUUGGCGGUGAGUCAGCCACGCUCAGCGGCAGCGGCCGUCGGAGCAACAACAAAAAGACCGCCGGAUCGGCGGCGCCUAUUACGCACCCGCUGGCUCAGCAGACGAGCAACAACGACGAGGAGGUAGAUAACCGGUCCAAGAGGUAUAUUGUGACGCGCAAGGGCACACUUCGCAGCGUCGAGAGGAUAUUGUCCAUCGAGGGCGAGUACAUACACAUUAUACCAUCAUCGAACGGCAAGGCCGAUUCCGGCGUCAGUGGCAAGACGGCCACGGUUCACUUUAGUAACGUGAUCGGGGUCAAGGUGUCUCGGAGGCAUCCCGCCGUUGUCAAGAUCUCUGUCUAUAUCGAUUCCGAAAAGACAUACGAGCUCGAGGCCAAGACGGCGAUCCAAGCGGCCGAAAUCCUCUACGAGCUCAAAACCAGGAUUGCCCCGUAUAGGGAGGUGUAAAAGGGCGGUCUUGGCAGCAAGCUAGUCUCAAGGCGGCAACAGUGUCGCCUGCAUGACGUGUGCGUGUCUUGCAGUCUAGGAUGGCGCCACAGAGUCUUGAAAGGGUGGGUAGAACAAGGAGUCAGUGGACCUUCCCGUUGAGCCCGCCGCAGAGGCAAGGCUGCACCUCGCCCGUUUGGGACGAAAGGGGCGAUCUCUGGGGCAAGAGGGAGGUCCAAAUAGGGUUGUUUCCAUGGGGGAGGAAACGGUUUGUCCCAGCCCAGGGGAAAUCAUGGGACCCACGCCCCUUUGUCUGCCAUGUGCGACUGCAGGUGGUCAUGCAGGUCGUUUAAUUGGCAUGCAUGGAUAUAUGCACACCCCUGGACAUGGGCAGGCGUGGGUACUCCCGAGGCGUAGGCCGAUACGUGCGAUUUUUUUUGCCAACGCACACAAAACAUCGUAGCUAUACUUUAUAGUGUUACCUCGACACAAUGACAAAAGAUGGAGAGUCUGUCAGUGCAUUGGUUGAAGCUUGAUAGGUGGCUGUGGCUAUUAGAUGAUUACAUCUAAUCCCAAACGCAUGGUGAGAGGUUGGAUACCUACGCAAGCCUAGCUAGAAUCAACAAGACUGUUUUCAAGGGGC